GAAAAAUCGAAACAUAGAGAGCGUUUGUGUUCAAAAAAAAAAAAAAGAGAGAGUUUGUGAAUAAUGAGAGGGAAAUAUAAAACCGAAAUCUUGUUCCAGCUACACAAUGCUCUACGCCGGCGCCGGAUUUCCACUUCCACAUCCUCCGUCGCUCUUCUCCGUCUCUUUCCUCCGGAGAAACCGAUUCAUAACAACAACAACAUCACCACCGUCUCUGGGUUUCGUUUCCUGGGUGUUAACCAAUCCCUUCACACUCUUCCCGACAGAAACUCCACCGGACACGACAAGCAAUCUGCUGUCGAUGUUCACAACGUCCUAAAGAACCACCGCGGAAGCUCACCCGAAGAAAUCGAGCGGAUUCUCGAUAAGUGCGGGAUCGUGUUAACCGAAGGGUUGGUUUUGGAAGUGGUGAACCGGAACCGGUCUGAUUGGAAACCAGCUUACGCACUUUCUCGACUGAUCCUUAAGAAAUCGAUUGAGCUAACUAGCGCAUCAGUGCACAACGAGAUUCUCGACGUUCUUGGGAAAAUGAGGCGCUUCGAAGAGUUCCACCAAGUGUUCGACGAAAUGCCCGAGAGAGAUGAGAAGACGUAUGAAGUUUUGCUAAACCGAUACGCUGCUGCUCAUAGAGUAGACGAAGCUGUUAAGGUGUACGAGAGGAGGAGAGAGUUUGGGAUAGAGGAUGAAUCGGUUGCGUUUCGUGGGUUGUUGAUGUGGCUGUGUAGGUAUAAGCAUGUUGAGUUUGCGGAGACUUUGUUCUGUUCUCGUGGAAGAGAGUUUGAUAUCAAAACUAUGAACAUUGUUCUCAACGGGUGGUGUGUAUUGGGGAACGUCCAUGAAGCCAAGAGGUUUUGGAAAGAUAUCGUUGCUUCUAAAUGCAGGCCGGAUGUUGUUAGUUACGGGACGAUGAUCAAUGCCUUGGCGAAGAAAGGGAAAGUAGGAAAGGCUAUGGAGCUGUACAGGGGAAUGUGGGAGACAGGAAGAGACCCGGAUGUUAAAAUCUGCAAUAACGUUAUUGAUGCGUUGUGUUUCAAGAAGAGGAUACCUGAGGCUCUUGGAGUAUUCAAGGAGAUGAGUGAGAAAGGUUGUUCUCCGAACGUUGUGACUUAUAACUCGCUUUUGAAGCAUCUCUGCAAGCUGAGGAGAACAGAGAAAGUUUGGGAGCUAGUGGAAGAGAUGGAAGAUAAAGGUGGGAGUUGUUCGCCUAACGAUGUGACUUUCGGUUACUUGGUUAAGUAUUCGCAGAGGCCUGAAGAUGUUGAGGCGGUUUUGGAGAGGAUGAGGAGGAACAUGUGUGAGAUGACGAGUGACUUGUACAAUUUGAUGUUUAGGCUGUAUGUGCAAUGGGGAGAAGAAGAGAAGGCAAGGGAGAUAUGGAAUGAGAUGGAGAGAAGUGGGUUAGGACCAGACCAAAGAACGUAUACUGUUAGGAUCCAUGGUCUGCACACGAAGGGGAAAAUAGGAGAAGCGUUGUUUAUUUAUCGAGAAAUGAUGUCAAGAGGAAUGGUGCCAGAGCCAAGAACUGAGAUCUUACUAAACCAGGUCAAGGCCAAGCCAAAAGAAGAAGAAGACAACAAGCUGAGGCUCAACAGUACAGAAGAAGAAACUGAAGUCGAAAUGAAUUAUACAUGAAAUAAACAUAUUUGAUUUUGAAAGCAAUUUUCACAUCUUUUUCAAUAUGAUCUCUUAUAAGAAAAACGAAUUUUCCA